AUUGGCCUGCAGUGCCACUCAGAUGUCGUCAGGAGCACCAUCGGGUUCAUCAAUGUCGAGUACACCUGGAUCACCACCACCACGGGCUGGCGGACCAAAUAGUGUUUCUUUCAAAGAUCUCUGCUGCUUAUUCUGCUGUCCUCCAUUCCCAUCAUCCAUUGUUUCGAAAUUGGCAUUCAUGCCUCCAGAGCCCAGUUAUACUAUUACUGAAGACAACAAGUUGGUUUUAAUCGAAGGACGAGCAGCAUGGCCUCAUCAGGAAGUCGAUAUGGCGAAUUGUGUCGAAAUGAGAAUAACGAGAACUCGGAGGCGUAAUCGUGUAGCCUGUACAAUGAUUCGACCACUUCCAAAUUCUCAUUUCACAUUGCUCUUCUCACAUGGAAACGCUGUUGAUCUUGGACAGAUGACAUCAUUUUUGUAUGGUCUUGGAUUCCAUCUGAAUUGUAAUGUAUUCAGUUAUGAUUAUUCCGGAUAUGGAUGUUCAACGGGAAAACCGUCAGAGAAGAACCUUUACGCAGACAUAACCGCCGCUUUUGAGUUGCUAAAAUCAGAGUUCGGGGUUCCAAAAGAGAAAAUUAUUCUUUAUGGGCAAUCAAUAGGCACCGUGCCAAGUGUCGAUUUGGCAAGCCGCGAGGAUUUGGCGGCACUCGUAUUACAUUCUCCUCUGAUGUCCGGAAUGCGUGUCGCUUUUCCCGGAACAACGACAACAUGGUGUUGUGACGCGUUUCCAUCGAUUGAGAAAGUGCCACGUGUCAAAUGCCCAACACUGGUGAUUCAUGGAACAGACGACGAAGUUAUUGAUUUCUCACAUGGUGUAUCUAUUUACGAAAGAUGCCCGACGUCAGUAGAACCACUCUGGGUUCCAGGAGCUGGUCACAAUGACGUGGAGCUUCAUGCAGCAUAUCUGGAACGUCUCCGAAGUUUCAUCGAUAUGGAGGCUUCUGCGAUUCGUGUUACUGCACCAAUUACUAACGCAACGAGUACCAAUAGUCGGACGAUUUCGAAUGGCACAUCUUCCUAGUACAACAUAAUCAAUCUCUUAUCGUUUUCUGUAAAUUCUAGAAUCUAAAAGUUCUCAUCGUUUUUAACGAAAGGUGAUUGAAAUUGGAGAAACAAUGUGGACAAUUUAAAUAUAUCGAGGUGAUAUUUGUCUUUUUCGAGUUAUUUUAUUAAAGUUUACCUCCCAAGUUUAUUUUAAUUUCUAAUCUAUUGAGAUUGAAUCCAAUUUUCAAACUUAUCUCAUCUCCCCCGGUUAAUUUAACCGCGUAAGCUUCACCUCAAUCAUAACUUUCCAUAUUCCAAAUAUUAUAUGUCUACUAACUUUCCCCUACCCAAUUCGCGUGUUUUGUACGUGUAACAAAAUAUUUUGUAUUCUAACGCAAUUUAUGAUCAUCACUCAGCCUAUUGGGAUUAAUGAUGUUCAUGAAAAUGCGGAGAGUACUGUAUUUCUCGUCUGUUACCCAAAUUCCACACACAAGUUCAUCUGCUCCGACGGGACUUUAAAUUUUUCUUGUUUAAGCAUAAUUCCAUUUUUCUAGUGUACCCAAAAAAUCCCUUCAUCCCAAACUUUAUCUUUAAUUACUGCUCACUUUUAAAUUUGUUGUCGUUUUUUUUCUCAAAAACUUUAUCUGUAAUAUGCUUUCAUCCAACGAAUCAAAACGUUUUGCUAAUUUCUCCUAUCAAAUUGAAUUCCAUUCUUGUGCAGCUCUAAACUUCGAAUCACAAUUUGUUCAAAAAUAAAAUUUGUUU